AUGACCUCGGCUUUCCCAUCUGACUACAUCCGCUCUGAUUCCCUCCUGGUACCUGACCUUGGCUUGAACCGACUACCCAGUAAACAUCCAAAUCCCGGAAGGUCUUGCAUACCACGCACAGGCGCCUCCUAUCUGCAGACCUAUCUCCGUGCACCAGCUGUGCUUCUGAGUGGACCACCAACCAGCACUCCUGCAGGCGACCUGUGCCACUUUGGGCCUGACUCCUGCUGUCCCAUUCUCAGGGGAGUCUGGAACUUAGCCGCAAGGGAAGUCCUCUCUCCAUUGGCCUCUCACACCAGGUACUUGACAGAUUAACACCAAAUUUUGCAUGAAAAUUGGCAAAAGUACAAGGGAACCUUUAGCUCUGUUACGACAAGCUCAUGGCAACCAUUCCGUCAAGAUAUCAAAUCUUUUUGAAU